AGAAAUGGUAGUUAUGAGAAUAGGCAUGGCAUUGUCUCUUCCGGUUCCGAGCUCCCCAAUUUGCUCCCUAAGAAACUUCGCUCCCUCCAAGACGUGGUCUUCUGCUCCCCCGGCGACUCUAAGGGCUGUGAAGAUGAAGCCUGAGACCUGUACGGCCGAUGAGCUGCACUAUGUCCCUGUUUCCUCUUCCGAUUGGAAACUCGCUCUCUGGCGUUACCUGCCUUCUCCUAGGGCGCAGCGUAGGAAUCAUCCUCUUUUGCUUUUGUCAGGGGUUGGAACAAACGCUAUUGGAUAUGAUCUCUCUCCUGAGUCUUCGUUCGCACGCUUCAUGUCUGGCCAAGGGUUUGAUACGUGGAUUCUGGAAGUUCGAGGAGCUGGAUUGAGUGCAUUGGACGUGGACGACUAUGACGACGAUUCUGAGAUUUCUUUAUUAGAAGGUGAAAGAACAGAUACAGACUAUAGAUCUAAUAAAUCGACUUCCAAGUUGUCGGAGAAAUUUAUCCAUUUAUUUGAAAGACUCUCAGGCGUUCUUGACGAUGGGAAAAACUCUGCUAUUGCAAUCCAAAUUAAGGAUUUUACUAGAAAGAUUGUCGGUUUUAUUGAAGAUGGCCAUCAAUCUGCCAAAGCACAGUUUUAUGACUUCCAAGAGCGCAUUUCUACUUCACUUGAGGAUUUUCUCAAACAGCUUCACUUGAUUGUGAAGUAUGAUUGGGACUUUGAUCAUUACCUGGAAGAGGAUUUGCCUGCUGCGAUGGAGUACAUAAGGAUCCAAUGUGGACCAAAUGAUGGCAAAUUGCUUGCAGUUGGGCACUCCAUGGGGGGCAUUCUUCUAUAUGCUAUGCUCUCACAAUGCUCUUUUGAAGGAAGGGAUUCAGGGUUGACAUCAGUUGCCACUUUGGCUUCAUCACUUGACUACACACCUUCAAAAUCAUCUCUCAAAUUGCUCUUACCAGUGGCAAACCCUGCAAAGACACUAAAUGUUCCUGUUAUUCCAAUUGGAGUAUUGGCAGCAGCUGCUCAUCCUUUUGCAUCUCGUCCUCCUUACAUCUUGUCUUGGUUAAAUUCUCAAAUUUCUGCUCCAGGCAUGAUGCAUCCACAAUUGUUUGAAAAGCUCGUUAUGAACAACUUCUGCACGGUACCUUCUAAACUUCUCUUGCAGCUGACAACAGCAUUUCAGGAGGGUGGAUUAAGAAACCGGAAUGGAUCUUUCUUUUAUAAGGAUCGCCUAGGCAAAAGCAAAGUUCCUGUGUUGGCAAUUGCUGGUGAUAAAGAUCUCAUCUGUCCACCAGAAGCUGUAUAUGAAACCGUAAAGGUCAUCCCUGAGCAUCUUGUUACUUACAAAGUUUUCGGGGAUCCCUGGGGUCCACAUUAUGCUCACUAUGAUCUAGUGGGAAGUUGUCUGGCUGCAAAUCAGGUGUAUCCAUGCAUAAUCGACUUCCUCAAUCGUCAUGACAUAUGACAAAUUUCUCACACUAUUUGAAUUUCUGCUUCUUUAAUGAUUAAUUCUUUUAUCCACAAAGGAGUACUGAGAUUAACUAAACAAUACCCAACUCCAAGCAAGAGGUCUUCAAAAUUCUGAUCAUUGCAUAUUGGCAUAGAAUAGAGGUCAAGGUAUCCCUGGCUUUGUAUUUACAACUUGUGUAUAAUCAUUUUAAUACAUUAUUACAAGGGAAAUAGCAAUUAUGACCUUAGAUGAUAUACAACAGUUGUACAAGUGGCGGUAUAUAGUUUUAUUGUGCUAGGCUUGUAACGAGAAAUGAUAUCAAUGAAAGAUGUAUAUGUAUCA